CUGCUGCUACUAACAGGCAGUCUGACAGAGAACAUCAAAAUGCAUCACGCUAUAGCCUAACAACUAAAGAUUUACAUGAAGUAUUAAAUGAUUUGAGGAGAGGGGGUUUUUCUGAUGGAAGCUAUUUUGAACUUGGUCUGGAAUUAGGCCUGCAUCAUCGGACACUGAAUAAUAUCAAAUCGGACAACAUGGCAUCUGUAGACCAUCUUAGGGAGUGUAUUUCAAAAUGGCUGAUGAGAUUAGAUGAUGUUGAUAAACGUGGAGGAGCAAACUGGACGACGUUAUGCAAUGCAGUAGAAAAGAUGAACCGAGCAGCAGCUGAUUCUAUUAGAGCUAAACACAAUAUAUUGGCCUCACAACCAAUUGAACAGAGCUGCCCUCAAAAUGAUGUUGAACCAGACACACAAAAUACAGGUUCUGAUGAAGGGGCACGAAGAAGAUACCCACAGAGACCUCCUUAUACUACCUUUACUCCAAGUGAAACAGAAGGAAAUAAUAGUUCUUCAUCUCCUAAUCCUUCAUAUGUUAAGUGGUCCCAGUAUGGAAAAAUCUUUGUUGGACUUCUAGCCCUUGGAUUAACUGCAAUUAUAUUAUUUUGGCUCCUUUAACACUAGUGAUAUUGAUUGUCAGAACUUUUUUAUUUUUGUAUUGUGUGUUCAACUAGUCAAGCUAACUGACAAUUACA